AAAUGGACGGGCUAGUCUUUAUAUUAGGUUGGUACAGCCGAUUCUAAAAUAAAAUGGACUGCGCUUGGACGCAAUCUGAUUUCGAUGCAUUUGGUCUCCUGGGAUAAUCUAUGAGCUAUAAGGUUUAUAAUAAAUUGACAGGUCAGUACAUAGUCAAUAUUUGUUAGUUGAGAACAUUUGUGUUGCUGACAGACUGAGAGAGUUCAACUCACUACAGCACCACCAAUGAACAGUGAGAGAGACCUGCGCAUAUCGUCAGCAGCCGCUUCUCCAGCCUCAAGCUAAAAUUCGUCAGAUCUGAGAUCACAGAGGAUUUUUCUCAUUCAGUCCGGCUAGAAAAGAUAUUCACAAAAAGUUUGAGGAUAUAGGGAGCGGACAACGAAUAUACCCCGACUCAUCUGCUCAGUGAAAGGUCCUCAUAUUGCAACUAUGUGUGGACGGAGCAGGACGGCCUUUCUGUGUCUGCUGUGGGCUUGCUUGCUUAUCGCCGAUGUUGUACUGGGUGGGAAAAGCCUGACAGAUGAAGCGGCUAACGACGGUAACACUACAGUGUUCACCAAGAUCUUAGACAGCCUUCUGGAUGGCUACGACAAUCGCCUCAGGCCAGGACUGGGAGAGCGUGUAACUGAAGUCAAGACUGACAUUUUCGUGACUAGUAUUGGGCCAGUUUCGGACCAUGACAUGGAGUACACCAUCGAUGUCUUCUUCAGACAGAGCUGGAAGGACGAAAGGUUAAAGUUCAAAGGCCCCAUGGCUGUACUGCGUCUCAACAACCUGAUGGCCAGCAAGAUCUGGACCCCUGAUACUUUCUUCCACAACGGCAAGAAGUCAGUGGCUCACAACAUGACAAUGCCAAACAAGCUGCUGCGAAUUACAGAGGAAGGGACACUGCUGUACACCAUGAGGCUUACAGUAAGAGCAGAAUGCCCCAUGCAUCUAGAAGACUUCCCUAUGGACGCCCAUGCUUGUCCACUCAAGUUCGGAAGCUAUGCCUACACUCGGGCAGAGGUGGUGUACGUGUGGACCAGAGGCGCUGCCCAGUCUGUGGUGGUAGCAGAGGACGGGUCCAGAUUAAACCAGUAUGAUCUGAUGGGGCAGAGUGUGGAUUCUGGAGUGGUGCAGUCCAGCACAGGAGAGUACAUUGUGAUGACGACCCACUUCCACCUGAAGAGGAAAAUCGGUUACUUUGUGAUCCAGACGUAUCUACCCUGCAUCAUGACAGUCAUCCUCUCCCAGGUGUCUUUCUGGCUUAACAGAGAGUCUGUCCCUGCCAGGACUGUCUUUGGGGUGACCACUGUCCUGACCAUGACCACACUCAGUAUCAGCGCCAGGAACUCGCUCCCUAAAGUGGCCUACGCUACAGCUAUGGACUGGUUCAUCGCUGUUUGCUACGCCUUUGUCUUCUCCGCUCUCAUUGAGUUCGCUACAGUCAACUACUUCACCAAGAGGGGUUACGCCUGGGAUGGAAAAAGUGUGGUACCAGAGAAGCAAAAGAAGAAGAAGGAGUCUCUGCUGAAGAAGAACAACACCACAGCCUACCCAGCCGCCACUGCUACAGCCUUCGCCCCUCAUAUUGCCAGGGACCCUGGAUUGGCCACGAUUGCCAAAAGCGCCCCACCACCCCCAACCGAGCCCAAGGAGGAGCCAAAGCCCAAGCCUCCAGAGGCCAAGAAGACCUUUAACAGUGUGAGCAAGAUAGACAGGAUUGCCAGAAUAGCCUUCCCUCUGCUCUUUGGAACCUUUAACUUGGUCUAUUGGGCAACCUACUUGAAUAAGAAGCCCAAAUUGCAGGGGAUAAAUCCACACUAAUCCAUGUUUCAUUCCUUUGAAAUUAUACCUGUAAUUAUUUCAUUUUUUCUUUAUUAUUACUCCUGAAAAAGUGUUUAUUUUCAGACAAACAUGGUGUCCAUGCUGGUUUGAACUCCAACUUGUUGCAUUGCUUCUCUGUUUACCCAAAUUUUGAAGAUUUUGAAAAAACAAAAUAGAGGAAAAAAAAAAAAAGAACAAUAAUGACACAGACUUUUGAAAGGUUGUUGUUCAGGUCUGGGAUGAUGCUACUAAGAAAAUACUCCUAUAAAUAUAUAGCCAAGAGAAUGCUAUUCUACAACUGCACAUAGCCCAAAAUUGUCAAGGGGCUUUUGUUUCUAUGUUUGUGUUUUUGUUUCUUUUCUUCUUCUUUUUUUAUCAUUAUUUAUUUCAUUCCAGCAGGAAAUCAUAGACAUGGUAAAAAGGCACUUGUGUAUAUGCAUGGGCAGGGCAUCCUAUUAUUUAUUUAUUUAUUUAUUUAUUUAUUUAUUUAUCUAUUUAUUUAUUUACUCAGACAUACAGGUAAACACUGACUGAUGGCUUAGUUUCUUUCAUAUCUGCAGCAAAAUGCUACGCUCAGUCUCUGUCGAAGUAUCUUCCAUUCUCUGUAGACAUUUUAUGAGAUUAAUUAUAUCAUUCUUAAAACUAUACGUUUAGGGUUUCUGCAAUAGCAAUAAAACAUGUCUCAGUGGACACACCAUUUAUUUAGGGAUCAAAAAAAUACAAAAAUCCAAUCAUUUCUGUGCUCAGCAUUGAAAUUAUUGUUAAUUUUUCUUUGCAACAUUGUAAAUAUUAUCAAGUGUUAGAGAUGUCAAUAUUAUGUUAAAGCUUUGCAAAGUGUAACUUAAGGAUAUGUUUAUUGAAGAAAUGGAAAAAGAAAGUUUUGAAUUCAUUUAUUUUUGUUUCUAUUUAUGAUACUUUCUAUAUAAAAAAAAAAAGAAGUAUAUACUGGUCUAAUUCACGCUUAAGUGACUGUUUCUCUCCAAGUUAGCGUUCCAUUCAAAGCUGCUUUCACACUGAAGUAAAAUAUUAUUCAAAUACAUCUUUACCUGUGUGUUUGUCUACACACUGACAGCAACAACAGCAACAACAACAUUGGCGUACACUGGGGUUAGCUAGCUACAGUAUAAGUAAGAAUGUAAAAAUCAUCUUGAAUCCUGGAGUGCAUUUUAUAUUUCAAAUUGUCAGGAAAAAAAAAGAAAAAAAUAAUUUGUUCAUUUUGAUUGUUGUUGGGUUUUUUUUUGUUUUUUUUUGUCUGUUUGUUUUUGGCGUGUAUAAAAGAGACACCAGAUUUUCAACGGUGGAGCCUCAUUUGCCAAAACACCAUUUAUAGCAAAGAACAAUACAAGCAUCAUUUGAAAAGGGGCGGGGCACAAUGAGAACGAGGAGAAGUGCCUUUACCGUUUUCAAAGUGAAGCUACGAUGGCUACUUCUUUGCUGAUGGAUGGUGCGUCUGUAAUUUCCAUCCGACUGUUGUCCCCUGACCCUUUGUUUCUUUGUUUGGUCAUAACAGUCCUCAUCUCCCUUCAGUUCAAAAAAAAAAAAAAAAGUUGAGACAUAAAACUCAGAAAGUACCAGCUACACUGCCUUCAGUAUCACAUGCCCGUUUGGACUCAUUUGUUGCUGCUUGUUGGUGAGCAACAGCGAGAGACAGGGACAUAGACGGAAAGAGACAAAGAAAGAGACAGGAGAAGUUGAGUUGAAGUGGCACUGUAUUCUUACUUUAGCCGGAGCUGUGUUUCGCACAGAGGACUUGUCUUGUAGUUCUACGAUAGUGAUGAAGAUGAAUAUAUUUUUGUAGCAUGAUGUCAAUCCCUCUUCCGAGAAAAACCAACAGAAACUCGCAAAUGUGAAAAGAAUGCUUUUUGUUUUUGUCUUGAACAUUGCUUGCUCUAUAUUCUUUUAGCUUAUAAAAACAACAUACACUUUAGGGAAAUGCUUCUUCUCUGAUGUGGCACGUUAAGGUUUCUGAACAGUCCAUUCUAGAUUAUGUUAAUGUAGCAAUAUUAAUUAGCAAGGGCUUUUCUUAGGACCUGAACCUAAGAGUCUGGGGAUGAUAUCCGUUGUAGCUUUACAUUGACCCCUCUUACUUGUGGCGUCAUCUGUGCGAUGUAUACGUGAAAAUCUAGGAAUUCUUUAGAUUCGGUCAAAGAUCGCAGGCAUCGCUUUGUGUGUCCAUUGUGGGUUCGAGAAGCCACUGGCUCCUAUAACCCUCACCUCGCUUCACAAUUUAUGUCUAUUGAGUAGAAGCGCAUUAUGUUGCGUUAUGGGUUCUAGAUAUGCUUUUUUUUUUUUUUUUUUUUUUUUUCAGAACACGUUUUACAGCGCACUGAACAGGCCAAAAGGCAUGUAAGAACCCUGCAGACUUCUCUGUGUAUUUGUGUGCUGAGGUGAGGAGGUCACACCAUCGCCAGAGGGGAAUGAAAACACAGACCAGUGGUUGUUGCUCUUGUUAUGAUUUGAAUUAUCAUUACGAACAAUAUGAAACCUGUCCCCUUAAUGGCAGAAGUCUUUGCAAGGAUAUGCAAGCAGUCUACCGUUCACAGCCACUUAACCUACAAGCAGAGGGUCAAGAAACUGCAAAGGUCAGGACGAAGAGUUGUAUAAAGAUAUUUGAAUUCUAAACUAUUGUAUGUAUGUUUAUUAUCAUGAAGAAAAUAUAUAUAUACAUAUGUAAAAUACAUAAUGCAUACAGUAUGAUUCUAUUAAUGAAGAUAUUAGCUAAGAUGAUGAUGAAUAUUGUUUGUAUUAUCAACCUAUUGUUAUGCAUUUUGCACAUUUAGAACAAUAACAUUACAUUUAUGUAGUCAGCUUUGUGCUAUGCAAGGACAGCUUUGAACCACAUCACUGACCUUCUCUUCCCAACCAUUGUGUUGCAGAUUUACAAGCUAUUAUUGAAAAGACAUUAAAAAAAACAAAACAAAAAAAAAAAGCUUUGCUUUUAUCAGCUCUACACCCAUUAGCCUUUUUAGUUUCAGGUUUUUUUUUCCAUUUUUUGUUUUUUCUUUAUUAUUAUGAUUUUUUUUUUUUUAUCUUAACCACGGCUAUACAGGGUGACAUCAAAGAAGAAAACACUGGAUUAUCUGUUUUGUUUGCGCUUCGGAUUUAUCAGUGGUUGAAGGGAAAAUGGCUUUCGAUUUUGAUUGCACUUUUUCUCCAGAGACAUGCAAUAACACAAUUGAUUUGGAAACCAGGAGCAAAACUGUAACAGGAUCAUCUUGUUAUUAAAAACAUUUGUUUAUUUCUUGAACUUUGUUUGUCAUUCUAAAAAUGGAGGCAGGUGAAAAUGUUAUCUUGCUAAACGGAUCAUUUUGUUUGUCUUAGUUUUCCCAAAAGCUCAAUGAUAUUAAAGGGGGCAGGAGAGAGGUUUGACUUUGACAGAGCAGAUCCCGAUUUUAUACACUUUUUUUUCUCCCCCUGUUGAAAAUGCUGUAUCUUUGCUAAGCCCUUAUCUUGUACUCUGAGCAGGAUCUAAAUCAACACUGUUGACCAUCCACUACAAUUUUUGAGCCAAGACUGGUUUUUGGUACAUUUAAUGUUCCAGAGAUAGAGAGAGAAUGUGAAAUAUGAGGCACAGUGCAAUCAUGAGCUUCCAACUUUUACCUUCACCUCCAUGAGCAGGCCAUACAUGUAUAUAACACAUCCGUAGGCACAUCAGUCAUUUACUUUGUCAUGUUUGAUGCAAGGUCCAUUGCAGUUCUCAGCAGCACUUGCUUUACAACAGAGUCUUUGGUUAUUCCUAGAUACCUACUGGAGUCUUUUCUUGUAUUUUUAUCAAGCAAAAUAUGUUCUGAUUUUCACUGAAAUGUAAAAAAAAAAAAAACUAAUUUUCUAAAGCACAAAA